GCGCAGUGAGUAACGGAAAGCUUACAAUUGGUCUUUGUUGGAUGUGUCGCUCGCCACAAUCAGUGUUGGCUAUUUUCAUGAAGUGAUUUUAGAGGACCACAAUCAAUAUGUCCGAUAUGUUUGGAAUUAGAGUUGGAAAUUAGUGACUAUAAUUAAUUGACAGUCCAAGCCUGCAUGGUGCACCCUUCCAUUCAAAGACCCGGCAAGCAGGGUGGUUUAUAUUCUGAAUUGAUUGUGCAUACCCAUCCCCUCCCUAUCAGGAGUGCAUCGUCAUCUGUCAUAAAAGUCUGAGAUGGGGCAGGAUCCUACUGUGAAUGCUGGGGAUGAUGCGACCGAGACGAAUCCCGCGGCGCGUUUCCGUAGUUACCUGCACGGCGGUACAUCCAGCCUUGUGUCCACGCUGACAACCAUUGCUACAUUCCCGCUAUACAAGACGGUGUUUCGCCAACAGCUGCACAGCACGCUUGUACGGGAGGCCGUGGCGCAACUUUAUGGGGAGGGGUUCAGGAAGCUCUACCGCGGCGUGGCUCCCCCACUAUUAGUACGGACACUCCAAGGCACAUUGUUAUUCGGUGUUCAGGACACCCUGCAGCGUCGUUCCUCCCACCUGGUCGCGGGGCGCCUCCCUAGGCCACUACUCCAUGCAGCAGCAGGUGUUGGAACCGGCGUGGUGGAGGCUCUGGUGUUCACACCCUUUGAACGCGUGCAGAAUGUGCUCCAGAACGGCAGAAACGACCACCGCCUUCCAACUCAGUGGAGCGUCCUGGUUCGUUUGAGCGCUGAGCCUCUUGCCCGCGGGUUCUACCGAGCCCUGCUGCCCAUCAUUGCCCGCAACGCGCUGGGUAGCGGCAUUUACUUUGGUUUGAAAAACCCAGUCAGAGAUGCCCUGGACCAGCAAGGUCUCUCCCCUACAGCCUCCUCGUUUACCUCGGGCGCAGUCAACUCCUUGGUGAUCAGCCUGCCACUGUACCCACUCUCAGUGUUGGUGGCCAACAUGCAGGCAGGCGUGGGAGAGGAGGAGACCAGGGGCGGGGUGAGGGCAUGUGCCCGCAGGCUUUGGGCGGCUCGUGAGCGAAGCGUGGCACUGCUGUACCGCGGCGGCUCGCUGGUCAUCCUGCGCUCCUGUGUCACCUGGGGCAUCACCACGGCCAUCUACGACCGGCUGGAGAGAGGCUCUUCCACCUGAGGCGAAAGCACACCUGUGGAUGAGAUUGGGGUGGUGCAGCCCAAAGCAAACCUCCCAUACAGCAGCCCUUACCGGAAACACCUCAGGCUAGGCCAGGGUUGCAGCUCCACCUGUGACAACUGCUAUCUGAGCUCUUUUGUUUUUCACUUUUCCUCUUUCUCUUCUCCUGUGCAUCAGUGAGACACAGAGGGGGAUGAUAGUUAUAUGGUGCUUAAACAGAGCUCUGCUCUUCUUUUCCAACACGGACCUCUCAUCUUUGAAAAAGUGACCUGUGUUAAUAUAUAAUAUCUCUGUUGUUAUACCUUGGUACUAACUGUAUGAGUAUGUUCAUACAUAUUUGUCGUCACUGUUAUACUGUUCAAAUGAACGUGCUGUACUGUAACUUACCACCUGAAGUUACAGAAUUGGAGUAGUGUGGGAAGUGAAAAUAAGACAUUUCUUAUUUGAUUUACUAAUUUAUACAUCUCCUUUCUGAAGUGCACCUUAAGCUUAUUUAUACAUCUCCUUUCUGAAG